GCAGCUGCCAGCGGCCAUGGCGGCAGGCCGCGGCUGGGCUGUGCUUGCCGUCCUCGGGGCGCUGAGUGCUUGUGCGGUCAGCGGCCCCGGGCCUGAGGCCGAGGGGGACACCGGCGGGGAGGCGGCCUGGACGGAGCCGUGGGAUGGUGCGGUUUUCCGGCCGCCCUCAGCGCUGGGCGCGGUGGGGGUGGCGCGCAGCCCCGGGGCCCCGCGGCCCGGGGGGGAGGAGGCGGUGGGCCUGCCGGUGCUGCUGUGGUGGAGCCCGGGGCUGUUUCCCCACUUCCCCGGCGACUCGGAGCGCAUCGAGUGCGCGCGCGGGGCGUGCGUGGCGUCCCGGGACCGACGGGCGCGGGGGCACCCGCGGACGCGCGCGCUGCUCUUCUACGGCACCGACUUUCGCGCGUCUGAGGCGCCGCUGCCGCGCCUGGCCCAUCAGAGCUGGGCGCUCCUGCACGAGGAGUCGCCCCUCAACAACUUCCUGCUGAGCCACGGUCCUGGCAUCCGCCUUUUCAAUCUCACUGCCACCUUCAGCCGCCAUUCGGACUACCCGCUGCCGCUGCAGUGGCUGCCCGGGGCCGCCUACCUGCGCCGCGCGGCGCCUCCGCUAGAGGAGCGCGCCGAGUGGCGGCUCCGGGGCUACGCGCCGCUGCUCUACCUGCAGUCCCACUGCGACGUGCCUGCGGACCGGGACCGCUACGUGCGGGAGCUGAUGCGCUACAUCCCGGUGGACUCCUAUGGGAAAUGCCUGCAAAACCGGGAGCUGCCCACUCCGCGGUUACAGGACACAGCCACAGCCACCACCGAGGAUCCAGAGCUCUUGGCCUUCUUGUCUCGCUAUAAGUUCCACUUGGCCCUCGAAAAUGCCAUCUGUGAUGACUACAUGACCGAGAAACUGUGGCGCCCCAUGCAUCUCGGGGCCGUGCCUGUGUAUCGCGGCUCUCCUUCAGUGAGGGACUGGAUGCCCGACAAUCACUCCAUCAUCCUCAUCGAUGACUUUGAGUCCCCGCAGAAGCUGGCAGAAUUUAUUGACUUUCUGGACAAGAAUGACGAAGAAUACAUGAAAUACCUGGCAUAUAAGCAACCUGGGGGCAUCACCAACCAGUUCCUCCUGGAUAGUCUGGAGCACCGGGAGUGGGGAGUGAAUGAUCCUAUGUUGCCUAACUACCUCAAUGGCUUCGAGUGUUUUGUCUGUGACCAUGAACUGGCUCGUCUGGAGGCCGAGAAAGCCCACGCAGCCUCUCCCGGGGACAUCCCUGGCCCUGAACCUCACAUUGCCCAGCCCUCACACAUGGACUGUCCAGUGCCCACACCUGGCUUUGGCAGUGUGGAAGAGAUUCCUGAGAAUGACAGCUGGAAGGAGAUGUGGCUGCAAGAUUAUUGGCAAGGUCUGGACCAGGGGGAAGCUCUCACUGCCAUGAUCCACAACAAUGAGACAAAGCAGAUGAAAUUUUGGGAUUACCUACAUGAGAUCUUCAUGAAAAGGAACCAAAAUCUCUAAUUACCCUUGCAAGAGCCUUUAACUUGGUAGAGCUAAGGAGAUGGAAGUCCUUAUUCUACUAUGGGACAUAAGGGGCAUCUGCUGCACAACCCUUAAUGAACACUGUCUUAUAAUGAGUUCAAGGAAUUCCAGUUAUAUCCACUGAUAUUUUAGCCUAGUGAUGUGUAUCCAGUGUCUCAGCUUGUGGUAAUAAGGCCUCCAGUUCUUGGAUUAGUGGGAAGCAAAAGCCUGAAACACCCACUCAUUUCAAAGUGCUGAUUGAACAGAAUUUUAAAGGAACUACAUCUUUCUCUAGCCAUUUCAUCCUCUCAACUGUGAUUGGAACAACACCUUGGCACUUGGCUAAGAAUGAGGUAAGAUGGGUCAGGUUUAGGGUCUUAAAACUUUGAUGCUGUUCCUUAAACUCUUCAUUAUUUAGUACUUUUUCCUAAUCUUUUCCUCAUCUUCUACUUUAUAUACUGUUAUGUUGGUGGUACAGCCAAACUCCUCGUGGGUUGUAUUCUGGUUCUAUGGAAUUGUAUUUUUUUAUGUCAUUUACUUGCCUUUGAUGUCAAACUUGUUUAAUUUAAAUGGAUUUUUCUUUCCUGCUUUUCCACAGUAUCUAAUGAAGAUGCAAUGACCUUGCCACCAUCCCUACAUUCAUUCUCCUCUGCAUUAAACUGGCUAUAGAUUUGACAGCUUUUCUUACUGCUAUUUUGUUUGUUUUUAGAGCAUAUCUGGAAUUCAUUCUCAACUCAUGCACAGAAAGAUUCAAUGGCUAAUAUAUGCCAUGUCAAUUUAAUGAAUUGUCUUGCUCUAUUUUAGGUUAGAGAUUAAGACUGGAAAUGAUGACAGAAAAAAAGUCUCUUUGAUGAUUUUUAAUGAUUUUGAAAUGUUAAAAUAGACCAGUGCAAAUCAAACUGCAGAUUUGAUAAGUCUUAGGUUUUUUCUGUCUGCCUGAUGAACUCUUCCCUCUAUUUUAUUAUUUUUAUAUGCUACAAAAGUCCCAUUUUUCCCAGAGUCAUGAAAAUUAUGUUGGAAAAAACAGCCCAGCAAUAUAGUUGUAGUAAGUAUCUCAUAUUAUGUAGCAUUUUUCAUUUUAUGUGGGAUGAAUACUCCGACUUCAUUCAUUCUGUUACUGAUACCCUUCUGUAUAACUUUGUAAUACUUAUCGAGGCUACAUUUUGAUGGAACCCAUCUCCUCUUCCUAAGCGCAAGGAGAUGAGAGGUGAGGCAAAAUAGCCAGAAGUGGCUGGCUAAAUAAAAAGCUGUGAGGCAGAUUUGAGGGUAUAGCUUCAGCCUUUUAUUGCUGUGGUUUGAAAAUAAAGCUUAAUGGGCAGGGGGACCAUUAGAUUUUUCUGGGCCGGUGGAAAAAGAAUACUUUGGAUCUUAACACUACUCUGGUUGUAAUGUACUAUUAAUGCAUUAAUUAGCACUAGAGAAGUUCCAUCUGCCUAUCAGUUUAUCUGUUUGUAAAUUAAUGUGUAUACGUACCUUUAUAUACACACACAUACUAAUUUACAACCAGAUGUGUGUGUAUGUGUUAGAUGCUUUUCAACAACGAGGGUCUCAUCCUUAGUAUCAUGACAUCUAAGGAUGUGGCCAAGGAGAACAACAAUUUGGGCUGGAUUUCACUGCCAGGGUGGUUCUUUUUCCAUUGUAUUUUUUAGUAAAACAACAGCAUAGAAAGUUUGCUUAACCUGUUUGGCUUGUGCAGAAAAGAACAAGAGGGUAAGACAGACCUUCAAACACAUUUAUACUAAAAUUGGGUAUCGUAGGGACCCACAGAAGAAGUCAUAUUCAGGGACUCUGAUUUCUAAACUUGCAAUCUAUUUAAAUGCAGGUGCUGAUUUAUAAUGCAAAAUAUACUGUUCAAGUGCAAACUUAGGAAUCAGGUUUCAGUAUGUGCAAUAAAAAGGAUAAGUGCAAUUUGUAAAAUCAUCCUUCCCUAAUUGCACCAGUUCACACUGGCAUUCCUUUAGCACUUUUAUGUACAAAGUGGGCCAAUUGUUUAAGAAUGCUUGUGGCUGGAGACUCAUGCCUGCUUUCUGGAUAGUACUUCCCAGACUUUCUCCUUUAAUCCUGUCACCAUAAAAGUAUUCAUAAAAGAGCAGAGUAAACCAGGUGCUACAUUUCCACCAGAAUCAGUAUCAGGAGAGAGCAAACAAUGUGCAUUUUCUACCGUUAGGGCCCAGCUUGCUCUGUAAACAGCAAAAGGUUUAGCAUUAUUGGUGGUAGAAGUGUCUGGUUAAGAAUCUGUUUUAUUUGUGCUGCUGGAGUGGUGGUGGAGCAUGGGACUGAUGCCUUUAUUACUCCAUAUGUUGCAAUUUUCUAUUAUCUCAGGUUUCAUUUUGUAUAAUAAAUGACUUCUUUUUAAA